UUUUUUUAAAUACUGUUCUGGAGAAUUCAAAACAAAGAAACUGCCUCCUCUGGGGUCGUCAGUGAGAAAGGACGAGUUGUGCAACUGGUUGGGGGUUUGCAAAAAGGCAAAGGGGUUAGGGACCAAAAGAAGGUGCAAAGCCACAAAGUACCUUUCUGCAUCUAAGAUGGUGAAGAAAGGAGUGAGGAAGAGAGCAAAAUAACUGCUGGGAAGUCUCAAACCAGGACUCGAAGGAUUAAAAGGCAGCAACUUCUGAGGCGAUUUUUUUCCCCUGAGUUAUGGAUGUUGGUGCACUUACUUCAGGCCAGAUCAGAGCUCAGAGGGAUCUAACCAGAAGCAGCAACCACCGGCUCUCCAGUUGCCUUUUACCAGGUUUUACCUUUCCAGUAUGUUUCUUUUGAUAAGACAUUUUCCAGCGCCCAGAGUUUCAGUACAAUGUGCAAAUGGAUACUGACAAAUGGUGCCUCAGCCUUUUCCCACCUGCCUUGUUGCUGCUUGCUGCUGCUCUUCUUGGUGUCUUCUGUGCCUGUCACCUGCCAUGACCUCGGCCAGGACAUGCUGUCCCCGGAGGCCACCAACUCUUCUUCUUCAUCAUCCUCCUCCUUCCCCUCGUCCUUCUCCUCUCCUUCCAGUGCGGGGAGACACGUGCGGAGCUACAAUCACCUCCAAGGAGAUGUGCGCAAGAGGAAGCUCUACUCUUACAACAAGUAUUUUCUCAAGAUCGAGAAGAACGGCAAGGUCAGCGGCACCAAGAAGGAGAACUGCCCCUUUAGCAUACUGGAGAUAACAUCUGUAGAAAUCGGAGUUGUGGCAGUUAAGUCCAUUAAGAGCAACUACUAUUUAGCCAUGAACAGGAAAGGAAAAGUCUACGGUUCUAAGGAGUUUAACAGUGACUGCAAACUGAAGGAGAGAAUAGAAGAAAAUGGAUAUAACACAUAUGCAUCCUUAAAUUGGAAGCACAAUGGAAGGCAAAUGUUUGUGGCCCUGAACGGAAGGGGAGCCACAAAGAGAGGGCAGAAAACACGAAGGAAAAAUACUUCAGCUCACUUUCUUCCAAUGGUAGUAAUGUCAUAAAUGAAUGAACCAUUUUAUUGAUUCAGUUGCACGAAAGGCUCUUAUGUCAAGAAUAUUUGGUAAUCUUCUUGAAAAGCAAAGGCAAAGAAAUAGUACAGCCAUCUGCAUGUGUGAAAAGAGAGCAGGGGAAGCCUUUGAAGGUUUUGUACUCAUUGCUGGCACAUGAAAUACUUUUAUUUAGUUCGGUGUCAUAUCUUAUAAUCAAGAUACAAGCUGGAUCAAAUGGGAUGGAAGUUAUUGCCAGUGUGAACUUUUUUUUUUUUUUUUAAUUUCUGCAACAGAACUUGAGGGACAUCAGACAAUCUGUUGAAUCUGUGCAUGGGGAUCUAUUGAAUCCCAUGAAGUUUUUCAUGGGGAUUUCAUGGUAAAGUUAUUUAUGGAAUACUAAUUCAUAUCAAAGACCUUAAUUGCUUAUUCAAGCCUAAUGAUCCAAUGAACAGUUAGACACACAAGUAUUUACUGGAAGCACUUGGGUCAUAUGCACAAAUAAUGACAUUUCUGGAGGAGCCUUGUGGAAGAGUGGAUAGGAUUAAGGAAUCUAAGCAAAGCAAUGUAAAACUGUUCUAACAAAACGAAGAGUAUGGUUUGCUUGUAUGUUCUAAAUUCAUUUCUUUUUAUUUCUCUCUAAGUUAUUUAUUUAAUAGGAUGUUAAAUAUCUUUUUGAAAUGUUUUCCUGAUUUGCUUCUUUGUUAUUUUUCCUUUUUCUGAGUACUUCACACAGGGGCUAAUAGGUUAAAAUGCCAAGACCUCCAUAGUACUCUGAGAAUAGGUUUAGACAAGGCUUUAAAGGCAGAAUUUAAGGUGUAUAAUCCAUUUUUUUUCCUAAACUUGCUUGCACUUAAGCAAAAAGACCAAACAAGCCGUGCUUGGAUUUAUGGUAUUGGGUGAUUUUAUAUAAGGGAUUUUUUUUUUACUUAGCAACACUCAAGAACAAAUUUCAAUAAAUACUUUGUUCAAAGGGUCUCUCUGCUAUUUUCAAAUUGAGAGAAGGGGUCACAUCUGUACUUGGGUGUUAGUGCACUGGUGUGUAUUCUCAUAUGACUUUGGUUGCCAUUUGGAACUAAAAUUGCAUUAGAGUUGCAAUCAGUGUGAUAUUCUGCAGCAAGCUUUGGGCUGGAACCUAGAUGUGGACAGACCUGAGGUUGCAAAUGUUAGAAUUCUACAGUGUGUAAUUCCCAAGUGUAAAAUUUGGCCUUUGAAAGGUAAAUAAAAAGGUAACACAGCCCUGAACUCCUUGUUCAAUUUAUAUACCCAUUCAGCACAUUCCUCCUUGUUUGUUUGGAUCACAGGCAUAUAGUGGGAGCAAUACCUAAGUAAGGACUGAGGGACAAGAGAUCCAAAGACAUGCGCAUGCUUUUAUCAGAGAUUAUUAAUCACAUGUAUAUUAUAUAUGAGAGCCAAUCAAAGAGCUGUGCUGGUAUCCAGCUUUAGCAUGCCUUUCAUAUCCAUCAUAGUAACUGAAGGCUCAAAAUACAUAAUAUCCAGCACAUUUUUAUGAAGUGUUAUUAGUCCCAUGGUUUAACUUGAGCGACUGCAAUAUAAUAAAGUUAAGCAUAAUAUGAAGUCUGUUCAGUUAAAGGUACAUAAGGUUUGUUUUAUGUUUUACUUUACUCUGUAAUUUUAGAGAGCUCUGGAUAGCUCACCAGUGUAACCAUAUUGAGAUUCAUUUUGUUAGAGCAGAUAAAUAGAAAACAGUACAUCAAAGAAUUUGUACCACUGUCUUCACAUUGUAUUCCACUAGAUAAAUAAAUAAGCCUUUGCAGUGUCUUUAGUAAGAAACAAAAGUAGUGUAAUAUUAUUUUGUUCUAAAUACUUUAAGGGAUAACUACGAGAUUAUAUUGAUACUGCAGCUUUAUCUUCAUUAUUUCUUGUUGCAAAAAAGUUUGGUUUAUUUUUAUUGUUUGGAAGUUGUCUUUUGGUACAAAGGAGAGCCUUGCUUACUGUGUCUUUUUGAGAAUGUUUAACCUCUGUAAGGGCUGGUGGUAUUGAAAUCUUCUAUAACUUAUUUAAGUCAGUGUUUAACCAGCACUUCAAUCUCAAUCUGUUAUUUAAAUAUU